UAAUGGAGCAGAUUACGAAGUACAUAAUCAUCAUAGCCUCACUUUUAACAGUGACCCCGUUAGUCACUGAGAGCAAAAACGACACGAAACUCAAAAUAGACAGACGCUAUUACCAAAUGCCAAUCUUCAUUAACGUGUGUGAUAUUAGCGAUCGCCGCUCAAAAGUGCAUUGCUACUGUGACAGUAAUAAACCAAAAUUGGCGACUAGAGCUGACUGUUGGAUAUUUAGCGGCGGACUCACUGAAGAUGAUCCGAUUUGGCUCAGUUUUUCCUCUCAGUCAGAAAUAGAACACCUCAUUUUUAAUGUACGAAUCGAUGACGCGUUGACGUUCAUUCCAGCGAAGGCCAUAGUUAGACUAGACAAAUUAAAGUUUCUAUCCAUUCAAUUUGGAACUAUUAAGCGGCUCCCGCCCUACGCAUUCACGAACUCCUCCACAGUUCGACAGAUAGUGCUGAAGUCAAAUAAAAUAUCUAAAUUAGACAAACACUCGUUCUCCCAACUUAUGAUGCUAUCAAAUCUAAGUUUAGAAGACAAUCUCAUAUCUGAACUUAAGAGGGAUGUAUUCUUUAACCUACCAAACUUACAUGUAUUGCACUUGACGAACAAUAACCUAAGUUUGUUGCACGAAGGUUGUUUCAAACACUUAAACAACUUGAUAGAAUUAAGAUUGGAUAUGAAUUAUAUCUCGGUUGUAACCAAGGAAAUGUUGGAAGGGCUAGAGAAUCUAUCUAGAUUGAAUUUGAAGAACAAUAAGUUGACAAUGAUUGGGAACCUGGCUUUCAGCGAGUUAUGGGGAUUAAAAGAAUUGAUGUUGGAUAAUAAUGCGAUUGAAUACAUAUCGGAGCGCGCGUUUGGAGGACUGAUUCAGUUAAGAAAGUUGACGUUGUCGGGUAACAAGUUGACAUCGUUUUACGACGAUACACUGGAGGAUAUAGGGAGUCUCAUCGUGCUGGAUUUGAGGGAUAAUCUGUUGACGACAAUAUCGUACGAAACUGUCAGGCCUGUUGUGGAAAACGAUAAGGCGCUUUCGUCAGUUGUUUAUUUAGAUGGUAAUCCUCUGAGUUGCAAUUGCCGUCUCUCUUGGAUUUAUACCCUGCACAAUGAAACGAAAGACAACACACUCAAACAGGCUCUAGACAAAGUUACAUGUGUCGCUGAAAACAAUGAGAUUGAUAGAAGUUUAAACGAUCAAAUUGAUGAAAAAGUAGAAAAUCCUGUUCCAACUAAUGAAAAUUACGAUUAUUACGACAAAAAUGAUGAAAAAGAAGAAACGGUCAGAGAAACGACAGGUAAAGCAAUUAAACUAUUAGAUUUACCGAUAGAAGAACUACCAUGCCCAAAAGAACUGAUGCGAUCUAUUGAGGAGUCAUAUGGUCACCCAAUUCAGAACGAAAUAAGGUUAAAGGCAUUCUCAAAAGACGAUAGAAACCUACCGCAUAUAAUCCUUAUCGUAAUGAUGUUGCUUAUCUAAGAUGUUAAUAACGAAUCAAUACUAUUUGUGAUAUUAGAUGUUAAAAUUUUAACUGUAGUCUGGACUUUCAAAAUAUGUAAAAUGUUACAAACUUCUGUUGUUUGAAGGUAGAUUUGGAAAAGUUAAAUUAAUCUUCGAGACUUAACAUUGGCUUAAGUUAUAACUUUGGUUACGAAAAUUAUAAGAUGUCUGUUGAACUGAAACCUACGCAAAUUAAAUGUAUAUAAUGUUAUAAAUUACAUUUAUAGUUAAUUACUAAAUAUAAGGUUAUAACGUUAAGAUAUUUCUUAGGAAGCUUUUCAUUCAAGUUAUUUCAUCUGCAAAUAAAUCAACAAGUUUGCUUUGAACAAAGCUUUUUCUGCGAGAACUUGGUCGUCAUUUUUGUAGAGCAAGUUUAUAAAGAACAAUAUAACUUGAAACCAGAGUUAAAUAUUAAAUGAAUUCCACAAACUUUUGUCACGGCCUUGUUAAGUGAAACGCUAAUAUUUUAAAAGCAUAUCGGCGUUGUUUCGCCAUGAAGUAGGUUACUUUAUAGGUUCUAAUGCUGGUUAUAUUAUUAUGAAUUUAUGACUAUCUUAGAAAGGUUAUAACGCGGACAGCUUUGCGCAAGCAAGCACAUACGCGUAAUAUAUAACGAUCUUGGUGAUACUCAAAUCAGUUUUUCCAUUAGGCAAGGAUUUAUAGAAAGAAAUUGUAAUAAUAGUGUAAAUAGACAGUGUAUUUAAUAUGAUCUCUACAAAGCAGCAACAAUACAUACAAUCGUUAAAGGUGUGAUAAUGACUGUGUGUAUGGAAAUUUUAUUUUAUCUGAAUCCAGAAUCCGAGAAUGAAACGUUAAUACUCGUAUGAAUAUAUAGCCAACAAACAUAUCGUUGAGUUUACUCUGAAGGUACAUCCAAUGGUAUUUAUGUAGUAAUUCACAUUUAUGGAUAACUGUGUUAACUAAGCUUAUUAAAUUAGGUAUCUUAUACUUAAUGGCUGUCGAUAUUAAAGUUCACCCUCGGCUAGCAAUGGCAGUAGCAAACUUAUACAGAAUGCCAUUUUUCAAACGAAACUUAAAAGCUAUCGUGUUGGCGUAGCAAAACUCCUACCCAGAUAUAGAAGGAGAAUGUUCAUCGGAAUAUUUUUUAUAGAAGUAUAAUACAAGAUUUGGAUAAAUUUUUUUCACUGACUUUGACGCUUAAAACCUAUUUUUCCUAUUCUUUCCGGGCUCGGAGCAUGUCAAAACAAAUUCAAUAUUGAUUUUAUUUUUUAAAUGUAUAAAACAUACGUUUUUACUUACACAACAGGCUUAUGCGACACCUACAAUGACGACAAUCAUGACGAUGACGUCAUACACUGGCUUCAACUAAUAAAUUUUCGACCGUAGAUAUUGUGGCCUUCGGGUCAGUAAAUAGGUGGUCUGGUCGUGAAUGCCUUUAGGUGUAGGAAGAAAACAGCAUCCUUCCUCAACGGCCUGGUUAGGUUUUCCAUAAAAAACAUUUAUAUUUACUCUAAUAUUAAACUGUUUGAGUAUUCGGGUUGUUCAUACUGUUCCCAAAUAUAUGAAUUUUGGUUAGUCUUUUAUAAUAUUUUCUAAUUUGCAA